AUGCCUAAAAAUUGCUUUCUUUUGAAAUCUCUGAAUCCGUUGGAAACAAUGAGUAUUUCACUCAAUUUUUCAAGAUUUCAAAAAAGUAUGGAGGAGCAUCUCCGACAGCAGAAAACUGAGUCUUCUCCGCAAGAAAUUGAAAUGAUACUCCAGUCGGAGGAGGAUUUCAGAACAAAACGGCAGCAGGAAAUAGAAUGCUCAACAUUAGCUGCCGUAAGUUUCAGGAUCCCCACUGAAUUGAUCGAUUUAUUGCUUGGAGUGGAGGAUCAACAGGCGCUUCUAAUAGCGUUCCAAACUGAAACAGAAUUCAUGUUACCACGUCGGUUUCAGAGUUCCACGUUCACAAUCAACGGAUAUGAGCAUAAUAUCCGCAAAGCUUUGCGGAUGAUUGAGGAAAUUAUCAAUGAAGAGUGUUGCAAUUCACAUUCACCAACUUAUGCUUUUGUUCCUGAUCCAAAUGCGGACGAAAGUGGAACCGAUUUCAUCCUAUGCAAUGGACCAAUUCGUGAAGCAAGGUAUAGGCCUGGAAGAGAGGGAAUGCAUCGAGGUUGA